GCUACCGCCGACAAUCCUUAUCUUACUAAGCACUUUGCUAACCGAGUUUUGAGCAGUACUCGGAUUUCUGAAGCUGAGCACGAUGACAAUGUCCAGAAGACUGUCCAUCAGCGUCGUCGUCGAUUGCGCUUAUUAGACGAAGACGAAGAUGAGGAACACGAUCCACAGGACUUUGAAAAUAUCGAUCCUUCCUUAGCCAGUUUUCCCCUUUUACCCUCGUCUAUUCCUAUUCCGGAGAUCAGUGAUGAUGAAACUGAAGAAAGUUCUGAGGAUGAGGAAAAGGAACCUGGAUCUUCGGAUUCCAGUCGUUCUGAAUUUGUAGAAUCUGGAGAGGAAGAAUAUUUCGCUCCCCCGAAAUAUGGUGAUAAAAAACGAUCGGGUGAACGCCACCCUGAUAUUCGUCGUGGUUCACCAACACCUUCAAACGUACGCGGUCGAGCAGAGCCUGAAGUAUCCCAAGGUGAUGCCCCCAGAGACGAAGACGUGGACGAAGAUGUUCUUAACCGAUUACGAAGGCUUGCCAAGGGCGCAGCAAAGAAAACCGUGCAGCAUCCACGUCCAAAGUUAGAUCCACAAAUUCUCCUAAGCGAUAAGGGGCUACCUGCCUUACUGGAAGACUUCAAGAAGGUCCGUUUUCGAGGAAAAGGAUUCGAAUUUCAAGAUCUCGAUCGUCUGCUGUUCGUUUACGAAGCAUGGGCAAACCGCCUUUUGUCAAAAUCCAGUUUUCCAGAAAUCAUAGAACGACUGGAAAAAGUUGGCACUCGUCGAGAAAUUCAAGUGGCAUUGCAUCGUCUGCGUAAUGGUAUAUGGCCUCCUUAUAUGAGUGUGGAGCAAGUGGAAGAUGAAGAGGACUCAGACUUGCCAAUGAAGGAACCGGGUCCGCCAUCAGAAGUGGAGGAUGAAGAGGCAGCCUGGGAGCGUGCUUUACGUACGAUGCCUGCGGCUUCUGAGCUCAUGCCUGUCACUACUCCUUCGCCAUCACUCUUGAAUUACGGAUCUCCAUUCACUGAAGAGCCUCCGGAUACUUUUUCUGGUCAAUCUUCUGCCACACCGGCAGUCUCCGAAGAAGAUCGGGCUGAGCGUAACCGGCGUUUGGCUUUGGAACGACUGGCGGCUCGAACUUCAUCUCAGGGAGGACAGCUAUCUCAAACAAAAGCUACUCCACGCGCUCCAUCCGUUUUGAAGAAUGCACUAAAAGCCACCCUUCCUCUUCACACCUUGUCCAAGUUACCCGAAAAUGAUGAAACUCGUCAGUUUAUUACCUCCCUUUUGCGUAGCACGUUGUUUCGUUCGCGUCAGGCCCAGUGGUAUGCCUAUAUGUUAGAUCCGGUUUCGGCGAGAUGGCCCAAGUGGUUAGAGCACGAAGUUACUGACCAAAAGGCCCGUGGUUCGAACCCCACCUCUCCCUCUCGACUUCGCCUGUCUAGGCUUGGGCAACCUGAAAGUAUCCCAGCCCUCAUGCUUUCUUCAUGUAGCACGGCAGUUAGGCACCGGAAGGGUGCUACAGCUGAACGAUAUUUUUAUUUUUCAGUUUACUACCAAAACAACCGGGCAGCUGACAGUGUGACAAAAAUGCAUUGGCCAUGUUCCGUCCUAAUUCUCCUCGAGCUCUCAAUCGCAUACAUCAAAGCGGAAGCUUAUGGUGAAAUGUUUUGGGCAGAACUGAACCAGACGGUCACAGAUACCACACCACUCGCCAAAAACUUCGUGGAAUUGCUUCUGGUAACUGUCAGGCCAUGCCAGCUGAAUCACCAUUCACCUUUAUCACACACACUCUCUCUUAUGUAUUCCCACGUUCUAAUGAUCACAGAACCGGAACCUGAAGAUCCCAACCAACCCAUUCAAUUGCAAUUGCUGUUUGGACUUGACAAUCACACUUACGCAGAAGGGGACUUGACACAAUCAGCAGAAACUACACACCCAACAGCAUCCACUAGGGAGAAACAGGUGAAAAACUAUCUGGAAAGCGAUAAAUCAGACGGCCCAUCAGAAGCUGAAUUUGAGAUUUCUUCAAAUGAAAAUAUUCUAGCAAUCACCUCCAAUAUAACAUUGCUUGAACAGGAUCAAUUUAUUCGUGAUCUGAUGGAUCAGAUCAACUCACUAUAUGAAUCUGCUCAGUGGAUGUACGACGAAGCAGAACGUCACUUUAAUUUGGCCGAAAAACUGGUCGAAAAAGCAGACAGAGUAGCAGACCGUGCCGAAGCUUCUAGAAGGCAUCUGAGUGAGUGGAUGCAAAGGUAUGGUUUGGGAUGGGAUGUGGUAGACACGGAGGAUGUCACAGCGGAAAACGUUGUUGAAGCAAAUUACCUGGAUGAUCAACCGUGA